CUUCCAUUUAUUUACAGAUUGUUUAUAUUGCUUUUCUUUUCAUAUUUUUACUACCUGUCAAAUACGAUAUUGUUGCUCAUUCCAUCUUUCUCUAACAAAUGUGCACGAGUUGGUGAACACCGCUCUAUCUUACUGCUUUGAAAUUUUUCGGCUGUUGUAGAUAGUUUGGGGAGCUAAGCUGCUUCAUGGACGCUAAUCUUAGUACAAAUGACUAUACGCAAUCAAUAUCGGCCUCCUCGUCGGAAGAUGACGAUGAAAGUUUUACUACUGCAACUGAUAGUUGCUCAGAUUCAGACUUAAGUACCCACUCUGAACUGAAAUUCAAUACUGAGGGAUCACAACAGCGACAGCAAAAUCUAUGUGUUAUGCUCAGAAAUCGAGAAUACAGUAGAACUACCCCCCAAGUACCACCUUACAAUGAAGUGCCAAAUAGGUUAAGAUUUUGCCUCAAGGACGUUGUGCCACAUGGUUUCGUGCAAGGACAUGUAUUUAUGGGUCUAAGUUCGUGUGGAAACUUUCUGCUGAGUUAUAAGGUUCUCAUAAAAGAGAAUGCUACUCAUCCUUACAGUUUCAAUUUGAAUUAUAAAUACACAUUAUAUUUUUGGAUAUAUCAACCACACCAACCAAUCCGUACUUUUUAUAAAUGUUGUCUUUUCAACAAUCGAGGAGUCGACAGUAUAAAAAAGGUGACCAUGACGCAGUGGAAAUGUAGCGAACCGCGCGUGCUAAUUGUGCAUGGUGCUGCAGAAGCUGAAAAUGAAGAGUCUUAUAUUACAUACGUUAAAGUUCCUAAACUUGGCUGUUUAGAUUGUAAAAAAUUGCGAGAAUUUGAUGAAGGCGCUUUUAAACGUUAUGCUUUAUGUUUAAAGUGUAAUCUAACCGUACACACGAAAUACUCAAUCACAGAAUCUGAUCGAAAAUUUGAUUCUUACACAAAUUUGAUUUGCCCUGGGCGUAUAUUAAUUUUAGCUAAUGGAUUUAUACAUAUGUUACAUAUUGCUUUGGAGGACUCUCCUCCAGCCAAUACGAAUCAGUUAUCAAUACAGUGUCUGAACACUAUUUCUUUGCCUUCAGUAGCACAAAAAGUGUGUUUAUCGCAUGAACUUCAGUCUAACUCAGACCGGCAUUCCGUCCAUUCCUCAGAUGAAAUAAUUGGCUGUGACAAUCAACAUAAUAUUCUGGAUAGUAUUACUGCCGAUUUUAGCGAUGUAGAAACAGAUUCUACACAUUCAACGGGUAGUCGUAACAAUAACGAUUUACAACAACGCAACACGAGAAUAAUGGAGGGAAACAAUUCAAAUACUUCACAUAAAUCUUACGAUGAAAUUCUAUUUACAUGUAGUGGCAGUUCCACUUCAACUUCUGGUAGUGUGGCUGUAACGAGUAGUAUCAAUACUACAUCGAGCCCCAAGAGUUUGAUGCCAACAAAAGUUAACUUAGUCAAACCUAGUGGUAGGCGCAAUCAUCGAAUUGUUACGAAGUCUUAUCGUAAUGGUGUUAUAACAGUCGAUAUGCAAGCAGUUACAUCAACGUCCACUACUUCUGCUGAUAAAUCCAAUGCAUAUGAAUUCUCUGAAGAUAAUGAGUUUUGUGAAAAAAUUGCUAUAUUACGUAAACGACGUUUGGCUGAUAAAAAAUAUGAGUUUUCUGAAGACAAUUCCGAAAACAUAAUUCCAUUUACUAAAAUGCGUUCAGCAAGUAAAUCUUAUAGUGCACCUUUAAGUGGUGCUUUGUCAAGCACCAGCAAUAGUCGCAAUUCAUAUCACCGUCCUUCACCCACAAACUAUCAUUUUCAUACAUCUCCGUGCGCCUCUCCAUCAUCAUCGCCGAGACCAUCAUCCAGUUUCGAGACACGACGUUGUACUCCUCCUCCUUUGCACAGAGCAUCUCCAAUAUCUUUACAACAAGGUUUUCGUUCACCUCCAUGUAGUUCUCCGGUAAGUGGUAGUAUUAUGCGCUCACCAAGCAGCCAUUUACCACCACCACACUCACUUUCGCAAGCUACGCAACAAAUGCUUAGUUUCAAACCAUUAGGUACACUUUCGCCAUUGCAAGUGUCAAUGACGAAACGCAAUUACAUGGAUCUAAGCGGCUCUAUGUCUCCAAACAGUAGCGUACCAUUUCUUUCACCACGACGCGAAGAAUAUCGCGUUGUGGAAAUUCCUUUGCAAGGCAGUUCUAUGCCAGAAAAGCCAGUUUGCACUAAGAAAUUUAAAAGACGCUAUGUCGAGGAAGACGAUGCUGCUUCAGUUAUAACAAGUGAAGAAGAUGAUUGUAUUUCUCCUGGUUAUCAUACUUCAUUGCCAGUAGAAGUACACGGAUCCUGUUAUUCCGAAAUGCAGAUGAUAUCUCAAACCACUUAUCAGCAGCUUUGUUGCGCUAGUGUGGUCAUUACUCAACACUCCUUUGACUUGGAAGCAUUUUCAUAUUAUGUGAUUAGUACACUUUGUCAAAAGAAUCAAAAGACCUACGAUGUAUUUUAUGACUGGGCCUAUGAAAUAAUUAACGUUUGUCCACUAAGUCAUACUAUUAUUUGUGUGCUAAUGGCUCAAUUCGCUGCAACAGACCAGCUUCCAUGUUCAAGCACAAACUGUUUUAAUUGCUCUAGGAAAUUAGAUUGCAUUUAUCAUCGACAUAAAUAUGAGUGUCGUAUACUUUUUUCAUGGAAUAUGGAAACUGGCGUAUGGGAUAUAUUGGAUUACGGUGAAUUAAUCGAAUAUAAAACCGUUAGUAAAGUACAACAAACUAAGAAAGUUACAGACGAUUUAGCUUGCCGGGCAAAAAAGAUUGCAAAUGAAUUAAGUACAAAUUUAAAGAAUAUUCAAGAUUACACAUGCAAUUUACGUGUGCUGGAAUCAGAUUUAAGGAAACCCAAAUCUUACAUAACUGAUCUUGAUAAUAUGUUGGAAUUUUAUUUAAAGAAGCCACAAAACAACGAUAAUUAAAUUUUACUAAGCUUUUAAUAUGUUAUACUCGUUAUCUUAGCUCAAGUCAUUUUAACACAAAAGACUAUUAAGAAUUUAAUUUAAAG